CUGCGCAGAUAUGGCACGUCACACUUUCGCGAAACAGAGUAAUGUCUCCAACUCGUUAGCUGGGUACGAAUAAAAUAAUUUACGCUCAUAAUGUCGGUCUUUCACGACGAAGUUGAGAUCGAGGACUUUGAAUAUGACGAGGAUGAAGAGACAUACUAUUUUCCCUGCCCAUGUGGCGACAGAUUUGCCAUAACCAAAGAGGAUUUGGAAAAUGGUGAAGAGGUGGCGACGUGUCCGAGCUGCUCGCUCAUUGUUAAAGUAAUCUACGACAAGGAGGAAUUUAUGUCUGGGGAGGUAAUCGAAGCACCAACUACAGAGAGCAGAUUGCAAUUGACUCCGUCCUCCUGACAGCGAUGACACAUCCCCUUCAUUUUGUCAUCUCCCAUCAGUAAAAGUGGACCCUGCUGCAUUUGUAUGUGCUUCCACACAACACAAAGACACAUUAUGAACGAUAUGCUUCACUGGUGAGGUCUGGUUUUGCAGAGUCACGUAAAAGGACCCUAACCACUACUAUUUGCACAAUGUAUUUAAAUAAAUCCUUUAUUCUUUUAAGUCUUUCACUCCCUUUUUUAUAAACAUGUUUAUGCAUUUUUGUGGAUGCCUCAAGAUUAAACCAGGAUGAAGUGAA